AUGACAACUGAAUGCAGUCUUCAAAGUGAUGCUCUAAACGAUAACGCGGUUUCUAAGCCUGCAGAUACCACCAAGGUAUCCGACAUGUCUUCGGCUCUCAUCAAAGAAGCACAAGAUCUGUUAGAUGCUAAACCAUCUACCAGACCAACCAUAUCAACAGCAGAUUGUGAUAUUUUGGAAAAUACUUUAGGACGUACAAUAGCACCAAGACAUUUUACAAGUUCAAGUUCAACAUUGUUACCACGGCAAUUCUCUUCUCAUCAAUUGAAGACAGAAAGUGAUAUUGAAGAGAAGAUUUAUAAUCGUAAGGCUCCAGCCAAAGCACUACAAGAAAGCAUCAACGAUUCUUAUCAUAAGGUGAAAAGAACAAUCGAAACACAAAUAAACGAUGCUGAAGAUCCAUAUCGUUCAUCCAGACACUUACGCUCACCUACAAAACCUUUUCGUCAUUUGGAUGGUGCCUAUGAUCGCUAUUCUGGGAAUAUGUCAUCAAGUAAUUUAUCAAGUUUACGUAGAUCAGCAUCUGCUUCAUACAAUUCACCAAGAAGCACUGCCGGUUACAGCAGUCCAUAUGCUGCACCAGCAGUCUCUCUCUCACAAGGCAUAGAAUCUCGAUAUGACUACAUGGCAAGAGAUAUAGAAGAUAGAUUACUUCGUACUUGUCCUUUACCAAAAGAAAUGAAAAACCCCAGAACCUAUGUAAGACCUAGCCCAGUUGUGGACAAUGACGAUGAUGAUGAUGAUGAUUAUUCAGUUUAUGCUCCACGCACCUACUAUUCGCGACCAAACAGAGAUGAUCCUGAUUAUUUCGAUUACGACUUGCAACAUUCGGUUGAUCUGUUCAAAAGACCAGAAGGCAGAUAUACACCAAGAGGACCUCAAAACUGGGAAACCAAACUUUUGAACGAGAACACCAAUGGAAGUGCUCCACUUUCUGGCUACAUGUUCACAAAGGGAGACACUGAUUGGCGUUCAAAUGGAUCAUCAUAUUUGAGUGCAGCUCUAAGAACACCGAAGUUCUGGGAACAGCGUUUUGAUAAACUUGGAAAAGAGAUUCGUGACAGCAAUCCAUUGAGUCUUGAGAGUGUAAACAGACGUCUGAGAGAAAAUUAUGAGAUAGUCAGAAACAGACCUAUCGCUAGCCGAUUUACUGAAUACCGUGAUCCAGACCUAGAUUAUGAAAGUGAUUAA